ACAAGAUUUCACUUGUGGAGUUUAUGUAGGUGCGUAAGUUGGUUAGACUUUACUACAAGUAAAGGGCCAGUGGAGGAGCUUAUGAUUCACUCGAGCUGCUCCUUUUGCCUUGAAAUAUGCAGUUUUUUGUCCUUUCCCGAUCUUCCGUUUUCUAAGAAACUUUGUAAAAAUUGGCACUUUAUUGAUUGAUUGAUUCUACACUAAUGGGUAAUGGGUUAAGUCUGUUAUGGGUUGGGAGAGUGCUUGUUCUUCUCCAAUUCGUUAGUGGAAUUCUUGGUUGGGGAAAGGAAGGACAUUAUGCUACUUGCAAAAUAGCAGAGGGUUAUUUAACCGAAGAUGCACUAGCUGCAGUCAAGUACUUGCUUCCUGAUUCUGCUGAAGGUGACUUUGCAGCUGUUUGCCCUUGGGCUGACCAGGUUCGGUUCCAUUAUCACUGGAGUAGUGCUUUACACUUUGUUGAUACACCAGAUUUCAAGUGCAACUAUGAAUAUUGUAGGGAUUGUCAUGACUCUGCUGGACAUAAAGACAGAUGCGUAACUGCAGCAAUUUUCAACUACACGAACCAACUUACAUCAGCUUAUCAGAAUUUCAAUUCAGGGUUUAAUUACAAUCUAACAGAGGCACUAAUGUUCUUAUCUCAUUUUAUUGGGGAUGUCCAUCAGCCCCUUCAUGUUGGCUUCACUGGAGAUUUGGGCGGAAACAGGAUAAUAGUCCACUGGUACCGUAGGAAGACAAAUCUUCACCAUGUAUGGGAUGACAUGAUUAUUGAUUCAGCCCUCAAGAAAUUCUAUGGUUCAGAUCUUGCAAUCAUGAUACAAGCCAUUCAGAAUAACAUGACGGAAGGUUGGUCCAAUCAACUACCCUUGUGGGAAUAUUGUCAAAAUAACCGCACAGUUUGUCCAAACCUGUAUGCUUCUGAAAGCAUUAGUUUGGCAUGCAAGUUUGCAUACAAGAAUGCCACACCAGGAAGCACUCUGGAAGAUGAUUACUUUCUCUCUCGGUUGCCUAUUGUGGAAAAAAGGCUUGCCCAAGGUGGCAUCCGCUUAGCUGCUACUCUCAACCGCAUUUUUUCUCCUCAAAGCAAAAUUGCUCAAGAAUGAAAGUCAAAAACAGAUUGAGAAGCAUCUUCAGUGCAUAACACAGAGGCGGGACCACAACUGUAUAUAUAGAUAACUUUCCAUUCAAAACACCUCAUGUACCUACCUUAUUUAUUAUCUUUCCCCCGUUUCCCAAUUCUCUUAAGCAUUGUGUAACAAUUAUACUGUAUUAGUUAACUGUUGACUUCAUUUUUAUAUUGUUGUUGGGAUAACUUGUGCCUGACAGAAUAUGCUUGCUUGCUGAAAAAUGUCAACUUUAAGGACACUCAAAGGAAGUUAAUACUUGUACUCCAUGAGAACCUAUUGCUUGUUGCAUAUAUGUAUAUCGUCUUGGCUGUCUGACUAA